GCUUUGUCUGAUUUGUGAAUCGAGACUUAUUUGGAUGAACAUGUUGAGGAGAAGCUGAGCUAACAAGGCUUUCUUUUUGUAUUUGAUUGCUGGAUAAUCUUCUCCAUAUCAGUCAUGCUGCCGCUGAAGGAAAAGGACAAACCCAUCAUCCAGAAGCUGCUGGUGGCCGGAUGCUGCGCUCGCUGCAUCCUGCGGUUCUGCUGCGUCGGUGUCCAGUCCGCCUACCGGCAGCCGGAGCAGGUGACACUGCAAGAAAUGCAGGCGUUCGUGUUGAAAGGAGAAAAUGAAAAGGUUCAGGAUCCAGCGGCUGCGGCGUCCACUGGUGAAGACAACAACUCCCAUGAUGCAGCAGAAGUGCUUGAGGGCCCACCCUGUAAAAGAGUUAAGCUGGAUCCCGGCGAUCAUGCCGACCCGUCGGAGGAUGAAAAGUCAAAUCUUGGUGAAUCUCAAGUUUGCGUGGCGUGUUUGGGAAUCUUGCAGGAUUUGUGCGGCACAAACCAGGCAGUUAAGAUAGCAGACACGGUGAAGGCACAGAAGUACGAGUUCGACUCCUUGGUGCUGUCCAUCUCUCUGCCGGCUCAGCUCUGCGUCCGUGAGGUGAGUGAAAGUGGGGCCUCCGUCGUCGCAGUCAUCAGCUGCAUCCCGGUGACGCGCGCUGUUGUUUUCAUCCUGCAGCACUCCUGUUGGCUCCACGUGAAGAAGGAAGUGAGAGAAAAGGGUCUGGUGCUCGACAAAGAUGAUGUCAUCCAGGUGAAGGAGGCCUUCAAGUGGAUCAUGCAAAGUCUGGUUGCAAAGGAGUUGGGGGGCGUUGCUGUAGUUGGCAAAAGCGGCUUUGAAGUCGGCGUGGAGUUCACUCAUCCAGAAACGGACUCUGACUGCCACUUCCUAGCUAAAGUCUGUCCCGACUGCUUCAAACCCACCAAAAACAAGCAGUCGGUGUUCACCCGCAUGGCUGUGGUCAAAGCUCUGGAAAAGAUAUCCGACGACAAGUUCCUAAAGCAGUACCCCUGUCCCCCGGCCCGGCCAGCCUGCAGCUGCGUCCCUCAGGACGUGCAGUGCCUCCAUGUGUCCGUCUUCAUAGCAGGGAGGUACAACAAGUUCUGCCGCAGUCUGCCUCAGACUCCCUGGUUGAUUGAUGGAGAAAGGAGGAUGGAGUCCUCGGUGGAGGAGCUGAUUGCAGCGCCCAUCCUGACGGCCUUCAGAGCUGGCGGAUUUAAUUUCUCCUCGUCUGGUAGAGAAGACGUGGAUGUCCGGACUCUGGGAAACGGACGACCGUUUGCGAUGGAGCUGCAGAAUCCACACAGAUCCAGAUUGAGCAAACUGGAGAUGAAAGAGCUACAGGAGACCAUAAACAAGUCCUCAGAUAAGAUCAGAGUGCGAGACCUGCAGAUUGUUACCAGGGAGGCCAUGGGUCGGAUGAAGGAGGGAGAGGAGGAGAAAACCAAGUCGUACACGGCGCUUGUUUGGACCCAGAGGCCCAUUCAGAAAGAAGACAUUGGCUUCAUCGAUGAGAUCAAGGACCUGACUCUAGGUCAGAAGACUCCUCUAAGGGUUUUGCACCGGCGGGCUUUGGCGGUCCGACAGCGAGUCAUCCACAGCAUGAACGCCCGCUACGUGGACGAUCACCACUUUUACCUGCGGCUGAAAACGCAGGCCGGGACCUACAUCAAAGAGUUUGUGCACGGAGACUUCGGUCGCACUAAACCCAACCUGUGUGAGCUGCUGAAAACCGACACGGACAUCCUGGAGCUGGACGUGGAGUCUGUGGACGUGGACUGGCCUCCCGCCAUCCCAGAGUGACCCCGGAAGAUGUUCUUCAUCGGAGAAAAGCUCACUUCAGGGAGGCGGCGUGGUGGCUCUCUGGAGGGGAGGAGCUUGAGCCAAGCUCUCAGCUGACCAUAUUGGUUCUCGUUAUCCUUUCUGUUGAUCAGUCGACCUGCAUCUCAGGUUUAGUGACACUUGACAGUGUCUUCGUUCUGUUUUAAGUUAGUUCUGUAAAAGCGUCUGCAAGCAGAGAUGAUCUUUGUUUUCGAUUAAAAAGAAGUGUUGGCAAAGGAAA